AUGGAACACGGCGCCGUCCCGGACUCCACCGCCCGCCACAACCGCAAAAAGCUCACCAUCAUCGCCAGCUCCUCCAUCCUCCUCAUCGCCAUGGUCGCCGCCAUCGCCGUCGGCCUCUCCUCCCGCAAAUCCACAUCCCCCUCCCCAACCUCCACCGCCGAGCUCCACUCCUCCGUCAAGGCCUUGUGCAGCCCCACCGACUUCCAAGACACCUGCGAACAAGCCCUAACCGACGCCGGCGGCGACUCCAUCUCCGACCCCAAAGAGCUCAUCAAGCUCGCCUUCAAUGUCACCAUCGCUCACAUCGCCAAAAGUCUCAAGAACUCAUCAGUCCUCGCUGAAGCUGAAAAAGAUCCAAGAACUUCAAAAGCUUUGCACAAUUGUGCAGAGCUAUUGGAUUAUGCGAUCGAUGAUCUUCGAACUCUUUUCGCUCAAUUCGGUGAUAUAAAUUUUAGUGAAGUCGAUGAUGUUAUCGAUGAUCUUCGUGUUUGGCUUAGCUCAGCGAUGACUUACCAUGAGACUUGCUUGGAUGGUUUCGAGAACACCACCGGAAGUGCCAGCGAAAAGAUGAAGAAGGCUUUGAAGAGCUCAAUGGAGUUAACGACAAAUGCUUUGGCGAUUGUCGAUGAUAUUUCUUCAGUGUUGGUUGCGUUUAAGUUGCCGAUGUUUAGCCGAAGGCUUCUUUCGACGGAGGAGGAGGAGGAAUUGCCGGCGUGGGUGAAUACAGGGAGGAGGAGAUUGUUAUCGGCUUCGCGGAUCGAGCUUCAGCCGGAUGUUGUGGUUGCUCAAGAUGGGAGUGGGAAUUUUACAAGUAUCAAUGAGGCUUUGGAAAUUAUUCCUAAGAAGAGUAAUUUGACAUUUGUGAUUCAUAUCAAGGAAGGAGUGUAUAAGGAGAAUGUCAUGGUGAACAAGAGCAUGAUGAAUGUUAUGAUGGUCGGAGAUGGACCGACGAAGACGAAGAUCACUGGAAAUCUUAACUUUAUUGAUGGUACUCCGACUUUCAAAACAGCCACAUUAGCUGUUGUAGGAAAAAGAUUUAUUGGAAAAGACUUAUGGAUAGAGAACUCAGCCGGGCCGGAGAAACACCAAGCGGUGGCACUACGAGUACAAUCAGAUAUGUCGGUAUUCUACAAUUGCCGAAUGGAUGGUUACCAAGACACACUCUAUGUGCACACCAACAGGCAAUUCUACCGAAACUGUACAAUAACUGGAACCAUAGAUUUCAUCUUCGGUAACUCGGCCACUGUCUUUCAAAACUGCCUAAUACUCGUCCGGCGGCCGAUGUCGAACCAGCAAAAUAUAGUGACAGCACAAGGAAGGAAAGGAAGGCGAGAGCCGACGGCGAUUAUUAUACAUAAUAGCACAAUAACGGCGGAACCGGACUUUUAUCCGCAUCGAAUAGAAACAAGAAAUUACCUAGGAAGGCCAUGGAAGGAGUAUUCAAGAACUUUUAUUUUGCAAACAUACAUUGAUGAUUUGAUUCAUUCAGAUGGAUGGUUGCCAUGGAGUGGGGACUUUGGAUUGAGGACAUGUUUUUAUACUGAGUUCGAUAACCGGGGACCGGGAGCGGAGACGACGAAGAGAGUGAAGUGGAGGGGGGUGAAGAAGAUAAAUUACCAGCAUGCACAGAAGUUUACAGUAGAAAGGUUUAUAAGAGGAAAUCAGUGGGUUAGGGCAACAGGAGUGCCUUAUAUUCCAGGGUUGUUGCCUGUGAAUGAAGGUGGCAGGACACAUUAA